UAGGACUGUCUUUAUUCGACCCUAGAAUACCCUCAUAGAAUCCCCCCCCUCUUGUAAAUCGUCCACCACGCAAGGAAAUUUCCCCCAUCACCACCGUCGCCCGCCAUGGCCUUCACCACCAACGCCACCAUCACCACCUUCGGGGGCCGCCUCCUCAAGCUCACCCACCCCUCCGCCACCACCGCGACGCCCAUGAACCUCAACCUCUUCCUCCCGCCCUCGGCGUCGCCCUCGUCCCCCUCGCCCCUCCUCGUCUACCUCUCCGGCCUGACGUGCACGCCCGACAACGUCACCGAGAAGGGCUUCCUGCACGCCCACGCCGCCCGCCUCGGCCUCGCCCUCGUCUUCCCCGACACCUCCCCGCGCGGCACCGACCUCCCCGGCGAGCACGACGCCUGGGACUUUGGCAGCGCCGCCAGCUUCUACGUCGACGCCGCCCGCGAGCCCUGGGCCGCCCACUACCGCAUGGAGUCGUACCUCACCCGCGAGCUCCCGGGCCUGCUCUUCGCCGAGUUCCGGGAGCUCGACCCCGCCCGCGUCUCCAUCGCCGGCCACUCCAUGGGCGGGCACGGCGCCCUCACCCUCUUCCUCAAGAACCCCGGCAUGUACCGCAGCGUCAGCGCCUGGGCCCCCAUCUCCAACCCCUCCAAGUGCCCCUGGGGCGAAAAGGCCUUCUCUGGCUACCUCGGCGACGACAGGGAGCAGUGGAAGAAGCACGACGCCACCGAGCUGGUCAAGGCGUGGAAGGGCCCGCUCAACUGCCUCAUUGACGUGGGUACGGGCGACAACUUUUACAAGCAGGGCCAGCUACUGCCCGAAAACUUUGAGCAGGCCGUCAAGGACGCCGGCAUCGAGGGCGUCAAGGUCCGCUAUCAAGAGGGCUACGAUCACUCCUACUUCUUCAUCUCCACCUUUGGUGAGGACCACGUCAAGCACGCAGCCAAGGCUCUUGGCCUUUUGUGAAAAGAAGGAAAGGAAAGGAAAGGCAAGGAGAAGACCACAAAAUAAGGGAGAGCCCCAAGCCCAAAUACAGAGGUCUAAUAAGGUACCGGCAUGGGCCGUUAUUCAGUUACAAGAUGCUUGUAUGUACGGAGUAUGAUCAAGUGUCGAGGGCCCCCCAUGUUACCCUGGUCGCCCGUCCCCUCAAAAUACUAAUGCCAUCGAGGUCGCCAGUCCACCUCA